AUGAUUCUUCCUUUUCCUGACCCUGAAGAGUACGGCUUUUCCAGCAUGAACAAGAAAUCCAAGUCAUUGUUUAUGCAAUGGUACAACACUGAAGCUGAGCAUAAAAACUACGCUUUUGACUUUCGAAAGGAGAUUGUGGAAUAUUGUCGGAUGGAUGUAACGGUCCUACGACUGUGCUGCCAGCAAUUUCGCCGCCUUUUUCAAGAAAUCAGCAAUGGAUUGUGCCCCUUUGUUUCGGCGAUGACAAUUGCGGGAGUGUGUAACCGAUUUUGGAAAUCAUUUAUUUUGAAACCUGACCAAAUUGGAUUACUGCCUCAACGCGUUCAUGCCAAGAACCGCAAUCAGUCGGAAGUUGCCAAGAAAUGGUUAACGUGGAUCGAAUACCAGGAAAACGUCGAAAUCGAGUCUGUACUAACCGGAGCAGAGCAUCAAAUUGGACCAUAUUUUGUUGACGGAUACCGCCAGGAUAUUAAUCACGUCUACGAAUUCUACGGGUGCUGGUACCAUGGAUGCCCUCGUUGUCAUGCUGCAGAUACUAUACAUCCGCUGCGUAAUCUGCCAAUGUCGGAAAUUUAUAAUGAAACAUUGGAGCGGGAAAAGUACAUCCGGAACCAAGGGCAUGGAUUAACCGUCAUCUGGGAACACGAGCAUCACGACCAAGUAAAGGCGGAUCCCGAAAUGAGAGCAUUUGUCCAGGGACUGUCAUUUAUUGCACCUUUAAACCCUCGUGAUGCUUUUUACGGUGGUCGGACCAACGCCGUCAAGCUCUUCCAUGAAGUGAACGGUGACGAAAAGAUUAAUUAUUUUGACGUCAACAGCGAGUAUCCAUACGUCAACAAAAACAAACGGUACCCAAUCGGCCAUCCCACCAUCAUUACCAAAGAUUUUGAUGAUAUUCGCAACUACUUUGGAGUUGUGCAAUGCCGAAUCCUACCGUCAGGAGAUCUGCAACUUCCCGUACUUCCCUACCGCUCGGGUGGAAAGUUAACGUUUCCUUUGUGCCGCACCUGUGUGGACAACUAUGAAAACGCUCAGUGUGAGCACACGGACGAAGAACGCGCUUUAACGGGCACAUGGUGCACGCCGGAAAUUACUGCUGCUCUGGACCGUGGCUACGUUGUUGUCAAGAUCUAUGAAGUGUGGCAUUUUGACCAACAUGAUGACCACCUUUUCGAGGAAUAUAUCAACAAAUUUUUAAAAAUUAAGACGGAAGCCAGUGGAUGGCCGCUGCAUGUCCAAACCGAAGAGGAGAAGCAAAAAUAUAUAUCGGAUUUCAAGCAGCAUGAAAAGAUUGAUUUGGAUUAUGACAAAAUUGACACAAAUCUUGGAUUGCGAUCGCUAUCCAAGCUGUGCCUGAACAGUUUUUGGGGACGUUUGGGAAUGCAAGACAACAAACCCAACACAAUGUAUAUUACCGAGCCCGAGAAAUUUUAUGAUAUGCUUCUGUCCGGAAAAUUCCACGUACAAUCCUGGGAUAUGUUUACGGAAGACGUCGUGCAACUAGCGUACACUAAUGAAAGCGGAUUUGUGGAGCGCAAUCCCAAUACCAACGUCAUUUUGGCGGCGUAA